UCAGAAACAAUUUUUUCAAAAAGCACCGAAUACCAAAUUAGCCUAUUUUCAAUCAAAUCCCAAAAGAGAGAGAAACACGAUACAAGCAAAUGAAAAGAAAAGGAUGAUUACGUUGCAUUAAUUAACCUCUCACUCUCGCAUCAAUAGGCAUAGAUUUCAGAAAUUCGGAUCUUGCUGUAUCCAUUCACUGCUUCAACUCGACGCCAAAUCCAGUUGCUACUUCCAUUUCAUAGAGAAUUGGAUCUGUGGGUGAAACUUGAAACUAGGUUUUCGCUUCGGGACAUGUUUAUAGCUGGGCUUGUUGUGUUGGUGGUCAUGCAAGAAAGAUGGAAUUUAGAUUUGAAGUAGAGAUUUGGAGAAAUUGUUGGAUUUUGUGCGUGUUCGAUUUUGAUGGGACUUGAGAUUUGAUUCUGAGGUGAGGUGUGGUGUGGUGUGGUGAUUAUUUCGGUUCCAAAGGCUCCGAGUCGGAGGACAACAUGUUCUGGAGGGACCGUGACCGUGAGAGGGACAAAAAAGACCAAAACGGUGGCGGCGGUCCGCCUUGUGGCCAGGUUCGGGUGCUGGUUGUCGGCGACUCUGGUGUUGGAAAAACUGCUCUUGUUCAUCUGAUUGUCAAAGGUUCUUCCAUCACGCGUCCUCCUCAGACAGUAGGGUGUACAGUAGGUGUAAAGCAUACUACUUAUGGAAACUUGGGUAGCUCGUCAAGCAGUAUUAAAGGUGACGCUGAGAGAGAUUUCUUUAUUGAACUCUGGGAUGUGUCUGGACAUGAUAGAUACAAAGAGUGCCGAUCUCUUUUUUAUUCCCAAAUUAAUGGUGUAAUCUUUGUUCAUGAUCUCUCCCAGAGGAGGACAAAAACUGGCUUACAGAAGUGGGUAGCUGAGAUUGCUGCAACUGGGACAUUUUCGGCUCCUCUAGGAUCUGGAGGUCCUGGUGGCCUUCCUGUCCCAUAUAUUGUUAUAGGUAACAAAGCUGAUAUUGCUGCAAAAGAGGGUACAAGGGGAAGCAGUGGCAAUCUUGUUGACGUAGCUCGACAGUGGGUUGAGAAACAAGGUUUGCUUCCAUCCAGUGAGGAACUUCCACUGACUGAGAGUUUCCCUGGUGCUGGAGGCCUUAUUGCGGCUGCCAAAGAAGCAAGAUAUGACAAGGAAGCUGUGAUGAAAUUUUUCCGUGUGUUGAUCAAAAGAAGAUAUUUUUCCGAUGAUUUACCUGCACAGAAUCCAUGGUCUAGUUCUCAAGUACAAAGACCUGCACAGACUGUAGAUGAAAAUUGGAGUGACGAGGAUCAUUCCUACAGGAAUGCCAGCUUGCGUGCUGAUCCUUACAAGUACAACAUGCUCCCUCCUCUUCCAGCGCAACGCAAUCUGACUCCACCUCCGACACUUUAUCCUCAGCAACCAGUUUCGGUUUCUGAAAACUACAGACUUCCUAGGUUUUCCCAUAAUAGUUACUCAGAAAUCAGCAGUGCAGCUAGAUCAAAGCGCUCCGAUAUUAAUGUGUAAUUGUCAUUGCCUCUGGUUAAUGUGAUUAUGUUUUUGCAUGAAUGAAUUCUAGUGUAUGCGGCCAAAGUUCAUACCAUUUUGUUUACCUGUAACACCAUUGAUUAUUUUACUCUAUAGGUUAUCAUUGUAAGUGGCUUUUGUUUUAGGUUAAGUAUAUAUUGAUUGAUUCAUCGACCUGAGUAAGUACAGGCAAUUCUUUCAUCAA